AACCCAGCCCUCUCCGUCCGGCGGCAGGUGGGGCUGCAGGCGCGGGCCCGCAGGGGCGACCCGCGAUCCUCACCCCUGAAGAGGCGACCGACCUCACUGGAGCGCUCGGCGCGCGUUCUGGACCGUCGGCGCCCGGCGCGCGCUCUGGGCUCGCGCUCGCUCCCGCCCCGACUCGCGCUCGCGGCGGCUUGGACGGCGCGCGCCUCCUCACGCCGGUCCUCAGGCCGCGCCCGUCGGCCUCGCGGGCGGCGCGCGCGCCGGACUAGCCCAGGCUCCCCACUUGGGCGGGCGGGCUCGCGAGUUUGCUCGCCCCGCCCCUCGGCGCCGCAGCUGGGCGCUUGCGCGGGGCGCGUGGCAGUGGCUGGGGUCUCCGCUGCAGCCGGUGCCGCCGUCGCUGCCGCCGCCGCAGCCUCAGUCAGUCAGUCAGUCAGUCCCCAGCAAUGGCGGAAGGAGGUGAGCGAGAGGAGCUGUCCUCGCCGCCGCCGCCGGUCUUUCCGGCCAAGCGGCUAUGCUUGUGGCGCAGCCCGCAAGCUCACCACCCCCGGGGUUCUUCUGGAGCGGCCGGCGGCGGGGUGGGGGGCCUCGGUGGCAGCUGCCUGCCCCCCGGGGCCCGCCCCCACCUGCAGCCCGAGUCCUUGCUGGACUGCGCCGCCAAGACGGUGGCGGAAAAGUGGGCGUACGAGCGGGUGGAGGAGCGCUUCGAGCGGAUCCCGGAGCCCGUGCAGCGCCGCAUCGUCUACUGGUCUUUCCCGCGGAAUGAGCGGGAGAUCUGCAUGUACUCCAGUUUCCAGUACCGGGGCGGCCCAGGCGCGGGCGCCGGCGCGGCAGGCGGUGCCGCGGGGGCUUCGCCGGCCGAGGAGGGGCUGCCGCCGCCACCCGGGGCCGCCGCUCCGGCCGGCUCCGCCCCCGGGCCGGGCGCGGCGGGGGCGUCCCCCGGGCUGGGCGCUGGGGCCGGAGCGGCCGGCGGCGGCGGCGAAGGGCUGCCUUUCCGCCGGGGCAUCCGUCUGCUGGACAGCGGAUCCGUGGAGAACGUGCUGCAAGUCGGCUUCCAUCUCAGUGGCACAGUGACUGAACCAGCCACUGCUACUGAACCAGCAGUGACUUACAAAGUUGCAAUCAGUUUUGAUCGGUGCAAAAUCACUUCAGUGACAUGUGGCUGUGGGAACAAAGACAUUUUCUACUGUGCACAUGUGGUAGCACUUUCACUCUUCAGGAUUCGUAAACCAGACCAAGUCAAAUUACGUCUUCCGAUCUCAGAAACCCUUUACCAAAUGAAUAGGGACCAACUACAAAAGUUUAUUCAAUAUUUAAUCACAGCACACCACACAGAAGUUCUUCCCACUGCACAGAAACUGGCAGAUGAGAUUCUAUCCUCCAACUCAGAAAUCAACCAAGUAAACGGUGCCCCAGACCCCACAGCUGGGGCCAGCAUUGAUGAUGAAAACUGUUGGCAUUUGGAUGAGGAACAGGUGAAAGAACAAGUGAAGCUCUUUCUCUCCCAGGGUGGUUAUUAUGGCUCUGGAAAGCAACUCAAUUCAAUGUUUGCUAAGGUUCGAGAGAUGCUACGCAUGAGAGAUUCCAAUGGAGCCAGGAUGCUGACGCUAAUAACUGAGCAAUUCAUGGCUGACCCAAGACUCUCACUCUGGAGGCAGCAAGGAACAAGCAUGACAGAUAAGUGCAGACAGCUCUGGGAUGAGCUAGGAGCAUUAUGGGUAUGCAUCAUUCUCAAUCCACAUUGCAAACUGGAGGAAAAAUCCUGUUGGCUGCAGCAACUGCAGAAGUGGAGUGACCUGGACGUCUGUCCUCUGGAGGAUGGGAACUAUGGGCAUGAACUGCCCAACAUCACCAAUGCACUUUCUCAGAAUAUCAGUCAUAGCCCUGACUCCUUAUCCAGGCCAAAACGAACAGUGUUCACAAGAGCUAUCGAGGGCCGUGAAUUACAUUGGCAGGACAGCCACUUACAGCGAAUCAUCAGCAGCGAUAUAUAUACAGCUCCUGCCUGCCAACGGGAAAGUGAGAGACUGCUCUUUAAUUCCCAAGGACAGCCACUGUGGCUUGAGCAUGUGCCCACAGCCUGUGCUCGGGUUGAUGCUCUGCGUUCCCAUGGUUAUCCAAAAGAAGCACUCAGACUCACUGUGGCCAUUAUCAAUACUCUAAGGUUGCAGCAGCAACAGCAGUUGGAAAUCUACAAGCAUCAGAAAAAAGAACUGUUGCAGAGAGGAACCACAACCAUCACAAACCUGGAAGGCUGGGUGGGCCACCCUUUGGAUCCCAUUGGCUGCCUGUUCCUUACAUUGACUGAAGCCUGCCGCAUCAAUGAUGAUGGCUAUCUGGAAGUGUCAGAUAUAAAUGAAAGCAGACCUCCUGUGUAUCAGCAUGUACCUGUGGCUGCAGACUGUCCAAACAUCAAUGAGUCUUACCUGUCAUUGGCCCUAGAAGUUGCUCUGAUGGGGAUGGGUCAACAGAGGGUGAUGCCUGAAGGGCUCUAUGCACAGGAUAAGGUGUGUCGUAAUGAAGAACAGCUUCUGAGUCGACUCCAGGAACUGCAGCUGGACAAUGAGCUAGUGCAAACUCUGAAGAAACAGUGCAUCUUACUAUUGGAAGGAGGCCCCUUUAGUGGUCUGGGAGAAGUCAUUCAUCGAGAGAGUGUUCCCAUGCAUACCUUUGCCAAGUAUUUAUUCUCGGCUCUUCUUCCUCAUGAUCCAGACCUGUCCUAUAAAUUAGCCUUACGUGCCAUGAGGUUACCUGUUCUAGAAAACUCAACUUCUGCAGGUGAUACUUCCCAUCCUCACCAUAUCGUAUCUGUGGUACCCAGCCGUUAUCCUCGUUGGUUCACACUUGGACACUUGGAAUCACAGCAGUGUGAAUUGGCCUCCACCAUGCUGACCGCUGCCAAAGGGGAUACUCUGAGACUCCGGACAAUCCUGGAAGCAAUACAAAAGAACAUCCAUUCUUCCUCCCUCAUCUUCAAACUGGCCCAAGAUGCAUUCAAGAUUGCUACUCCCACAGACAGCAGUACUGACAGCACUCUGCUCAAUGUGGCGCUGGAGCUGGGGUUACAGGUGAUGAGAAUGACCUUAUCAACCCUUAAUUGGAGGCGCCGAGAGAUGGUGCGGUGGUUGGUGACAUGUGCUACAGAAGUUGAUCAUCUCAAGGCUGCUGAGGAGGAGGGAAAAACUUGUCUCUGCAGACCAAGUUCUGACCCCAAAUGGGAAUCUGGGCAGACCUGGAUCAGGACCCGGAUGGCCACGGCUGAGCUCGGGCUCUUCCUGACAGGUGUGCGGGCCCUGGUGAGCAUCUUGCAGAGCUGGUACACACUCUUUACCCCGACCGAGGCUACUAGCAUUGUGGCUGCCACAGCUGUCUCCCACACCACCAUCCUGCGCCUCAGUCUUGACUACCCACAGCGGGAGGAGCUGGCUAGUUGUGCGCGCACACUAGCCCUGCAGUGUGCUAUGAAGGAUCCACAGAGCUGUGCCCUGUCAGCCCUUACACUCUGUGAGAAGGACCAUAUUGCCUUUGAAGCGGCUUAUCAGAUAGCCAUUGAUGCUGCUGCUGGAGGUAUGACUCAUUCACAACUUUUCACCAUCGCUCGCUAUAUGGAGCUCCGCGGCUACCCGCUGCGUGCCUUUAAGCUGGCCUCACUAGCCAUGAGCCAUCUCAACCUGGCCUAUAACCAGGACACCCACCCCGCCAUCAAUGAUGUGCUCUGGGCAUGUGCCCUCAGCCAUUCUCUGGGCAAGAAUGAGCUGGCAGCCCUCAUUCCCCUGGUGGUGAAGAGUGUACACUGUGCCACGGUACUUUCAGACAUCCUCCGGCGCUGCACAGUGACUGCGCCUGGCCUGGCCGGCAUCCCAGGCCGUCGCAGUUCUGGAAAGCUGAUGUCCACUGACAAAGCUCCACUGCGCCAGCUGCUGGAUGCCACCAUCAAUGCCUAUAUCAACACUACCCAUUCACGCCUGACACACAUCAGCCCUCGCCACUACGGAGAGUUCAUUGAGUUUCUGAGCAAAGCUCGGGAGACCUUCCUACUGCCCCAGGAUGGUCACCUUCAGUUUGCCCAAUUCAUCGACAACCUCAAACAGAUCUACAAAGGCAAGAAGAAGCUGAUGCUGCUGGUACGAGAGCGGUUUGGCUGAGAAAGCAGGUAGCUCACUGCUGCAGUAGCCUGGUUUCCUAGGGACCAUCAAGUAUGGCCAAGGACACUGAGACAUUUGUCCACCCUAAGAGGACUCUGAGCACCUGUGACUGAAGCCAAAAGACCACAGGGUUAAGCAAGAGGAGAGUCCAACUCUAGCCAACAUGCCUGCCUUGGCAAGCUUCUUUCUAUAGCCUACUGUUUCUGGAGGAGCUGGGCCCUGCAGAUUGAUCAGAAACCCCCACAACAAGCCACCUCACGCCCAUAUAUCCUGCGUGUCCUGGGCAUUGGCCCUCUCUUCCUUGGCAAACACAGAACACUGUUCCGUCUCAGGGAUUGCUUAACCAGAGAAACAGAAGCAUUUAUAGUCCUGUAAAUACUAUAGUAUAUGUGUUGCCAAUUACAUUGUAAAGUUGUAACUAUUUAUAAUUCUGUUCCUAAUUUGAUGGGUACUUGAAGUAGACGUGGGUGGGAAGAUAGGCUUGUUUUCUGAGGAGACUCACAACCUUAUUUCUCAGGUUUCCCUUGCAGAGUUUAUACUGUUGGCAGUGGAAGAGGAGGGUGGCAGAGAAAAAAAAAUGACCAGUUAAAUCUCAAGUCUAGUCUAUACAGAAACUCCAGCCUACAAACUGGGCAUCUCUAGCCCAGUAGGUAAAGGGCAGUGCCAGGUCUGGACUUAAGACUUUUCCUCACAAGACCAUGGGGACACUGAAGUUCUUGCUUCUGCCUCACAUAGUCCCUCUCGGAGCCCACUGAGCUCCUGAGAAACAAUUGCAGGCAGGUGAAGGUCUGGGAGGUCACAGAGUUCAUACUGUAUACUCUGGUCACUUU